CUGUGGGCGGCGGCGGCGGGGGCGGCCGCCAUGGCGAGCGUGCACGAGAGCCUCUACUUCAACCCCAUGAUGACCAACGGCGUGGUGCACGCCAACGUGUUCGGCAUCAAGGACUGGGUGACGCCCUACAAGAUCGCUGUGCUCGUGCUGCUCAGCGAGAUGGGCCGCGCGGGCGGCUCCGCCAUCGGCCUGCUCGAGCGGCGCCGGCUCAACCAGCUCCUGCUGCCGCUGCUGCAGGGGCCCGAUAUGACAUUGACUCGGCUGCACAAGGCAAUUGAAGAAUCCUGUCCUCAGUUGGCAAAUUCCGUUCAAAUCAGAAUCAAGCUGAUGGCUGAAGGGGAGCUGAAGGACAUGGAACAGUUCUUUGAUGACCUUUCUGAUUCCUUUUCUGGAACUGACCCCGAGGUUCACAAAACGAGUGUCGUAGGCUUAUUUCUGCGUCACAUGAUCUUGGCCUACAACAAGCUUUCCUUCAGUCAGGUGUACAAGUUGUACACGGCCCUGCAGGAGUACUUUCGAAAUGCUGAAAAGAAGGCCAUGGUGGAAGAGACGGACAUGGAGCUGGCGAGCCCCGAGGAGCUCGUGGGAACCAUGCAGAGAGAAGACCUGGAUGGACCUCUAAGAGAGGAGGAGAUCUCGUGCAGUGGGCCUCUUUCCCAGAAACAAGCUGAAUAUUUUCUUUCCCAACAGGCAUCUUUACUAAAGAAUGAUGAGACAAAGGCUCUAACUCCGGCUUCUUUACAGAAAGAAUUGAAUAAUUUGUUGAAAUUUAAUCCUGAUUUUGCUGAAGCACAUUAUUUAAGCUACUUAAACAGUCUUCGGGUCCAGGAUGUUUUCAGCUCUACUCACAGCCUUCUCCAUUAUUUUGACCGCCUGAUUCUCACUGGAGCAGAGAGCAAAAGCAAUGGGGACGAAGGUUAUGGGCGAAGCCUGAGAUAUGCUGCUCUCAAUCUGGCUGCCUUGCAUUGCCGAUUUGGCCACUACCAACAGGCAGAGCUUGCCCUGCAGGAAGCAAUCCGGAUUGCCCAGGAGUCCAAUGACCACGUGUGUCUCCAGCACUGCUUGAGUUGGCUGUAUAUCUUGGAGCAGAAGAGAUCAGACAGCUGUGUGCUACUGGAACAUUCUGUGAAGAAAGCUGUGCAUUUUGGGUUACCGUACUUAGCAUCCCUCGGGAUCCAGUCCUUAGUCCAACAAAGAGCCUUUGCUGGGAAGACAGCAAACAAACUGAUGGAUGCCUUGAAGGACUCUGACCUCCUACACUGGAAGCACAGCCUGUCGGAGCUCAUCGACAUCAGCAUUGCUCAGAAAACGGCCAUCUGGAGGCUCUAUGGGCGCAGUACCAUGGCUCUCCAGCAGGCCCAGACGCUGCUUAGCAUGAACAGCCUCGAAGCCUUGAACCUGGGUGUGCAGCAGAACAACACAGAGUCCUUUGCAGUGGUGCUGUGCCACCUGGCUGAGCUCCACGCUGAGCAGGGCUGUCUGGCGGCUGCUUCCGAAGUACUGGAGCACUUAAAAGAAAGAUUCCCACCAAGCAGUCAGCACGCGCAGUUGUGGAUGCUAUGUGAGCAGAAGAUACAGUUUGGGAGAGCUAUGAAUGAUGGCAAAUACCACGUGGCAGAUUCUCUUGUAACAGGAAUUACGGCCCUUAACAGCAUAGAGGGCGUCUAUAGGAAGGCAAUUGUGUUACAAGCCCAGAACCAGAUGUCUGAAGCCCACAAACUUUUGCAGAAGUUGUUGGUCCAGUGUCAGAAGAUGAAGAACACGGAAAUGGUGAUUAGUGUUCUGCUGUCUGUGGCAGAGCUGUACUGGAGGUCCUCCUGUCACACCAUCGCCCUGCCUGUCCUGCUGCAGGCGUUGGCUCUGUCCAGGGAAUACCGGCUUCAGUACCUGGCCUCGGAGACCGUGCUGAGCUUGGCCUUCUCCCAGCUUAUCCUUGGAAUUCCUGAGCAGGCCUUGAACAUCCUACAUAUGGCCAUCGAGCCAAUCUUGGCAGAUGGGGCUGUGCUGGACAAAGGGCGAGCUUUGUUUCUGGUGGCCAAGUGCCAAGUUGCUUCUGCUGCCUCCUAUGAUCCCCAGAAGAAAGGAGAAGCUUUGGAGUCAGCCAUCCUGAACCUUAAUGAAGCCAAGACUUAUUUUGCAAAAGUGGACUGCAAAGAGCAAAUCCGAGACGUUCUCUACUUCCAGGCCAGGCUGUACCACAUGCUGGGGAAGGCCCAGGAGAGGAACAAGUGUGCCAUGCUCUUUCGCCAGCUGCACCAAGAGCUUCCUUCUCACGGGGUGCCCUUAGUCACCCACCUGUAGCACGGCCAGCCGAGGCUGGCGUGGCUGAGAAUGCUUUCUUCUUCUCAACUUUUCAAUGAUGUAUUUUUUUGUGCAAUCAUUUGUGUAUUAUCGAAAUCUGUUUAUUAAUAAAAGGACUGCCUUCA